GAAAAAUCAGCUGUUUGGUUGAUUAUGUGCUUAGGCUGUGAUACAUGUUGUGUGUGUAAAUACAUAAAACAAUUUCUUUUAAAAUGAAUCGCUAUAGUUUUCAAUGUUGAACAAUCCAGUAACAUUCAAUAGAUUAUCAAAAAGCAUAAUGUAUUUAUAAUUUACAAGAUUCCUCUUAGGAAAUGUAGCUUCUUGAAUCAAUCAGACCCUUAUGGAUCAAUGGACUGAUCAGUCGUCACUAGCCACGGUUUUUUGUAAAUGAAGAUACAUAAGGAUAAAAUACAGGCACUGGUAACCCAGAGGAUGAGUGAUGACCAAUAAGCCAGUAAUGAUAGCUAGCGGCUACCUGCCGCUCAGUCACCGAGGCCGAGGUCUGAAGGCCAGCGAUGGAUGGGUGCUGCGUCUGCCGAUUCCCAGCCUGGCUUGGCUCACCUGUCUCCUGCCUCUGUCCAGUUUUGUCUUCUGCGUUGUCUGGUCGCUCAUCUACAAUUUCGAGGACUCGACGUUCACGCAUUGCAAGGUGCCGAACUUCCUGCCGUCGAUUUCGGCGGCGAUCGGCAACUACAAGACACAACGCCUGGUGUGGGGUGCGGCGAUUGCCGUGCACGCAGUGCCACGCUUCCUGUUCACGUCGAUGUACCGCAAGUACUACCGCGACGUGCUCAGAAAUCGCGCGCAACGAUUGGCCACGCUCGCCUGCGCACUCAACAUCAUCGAGAAUAUUGCGCUCAUCGGCCUCACCUUCAUUCCGUCGGCUUACAACUACGCCAUCCACGAGAAAUGCUUCAUGACGUUUAUGGUGACGUCAGAACUGUACAUGGUGUUGACAUGCAUCCUGCUCACGCGCUAUCGCGAGCAGCCGGCCGACAACGUGGAGAAUCGCUCGCUGCGUCUCAAGUAUCAGCUGCUAGCCAUCAACAUGGUGUCGUUCGCCUUGGCUGGCUACUUCUUCAUCCGGCAUAACCUGCAUUGCGAGCCUGGAGUGUACUCGCUGUUCGCCCUGUGCGAAUACGUGGUGGUACUAACGAACAUGGCGUUCCACAUGACGGCAUCUUGGGACUUCCACGGUCGCAUCGUCACCGUCGACCAGUUCGGCAUCGACAUCAGCUGACAGCUUCCGCUGCUGACGCCGU